UUCGUCUCAAAAGAGGAAUUUUCUUCCAUUUGCGAAAAAAAUUAAUUUCUGCUGAAAAUUCAGUCAGUCGGUCAUAUAGAUGAUGUACAGUAAGUUUCAAUGAGUAUUGGAACCUCGAUCUGAAAAGAAAAACGUGGAAGAAAGCGAAUACGAGGAAAUGUACCAAGACGCGAUGGCUCAAGUUUACAACUAUUUGCGCUGCGAAGCGUGUAGCCACGAACGAUUGUUUUCGCCUAGAAAAUCGCGAAAUACCGCCUGCCGUGAAUUCUAAUAAAUCGACGAAUGAGUUCCACGGCCCUUCCUUACGGCCAUCGCGUUGUAAACAACGAACAGCGACAAUCUAAAGCCUAUUUCGUUUGUUCCGUCGUGAAGUCGCAUGUUUAUAGCGCACUUAUAAGUUGUAACACUUCGACGAGCCGAACGAUACCAAAAUAUCUAAAUAAAAACGGGUGAAAGUUAUCCUGCAUUAUUUGCCUAUAUUUCGGACAAAAAUGUUAUAUACAUCGAGUCUUGGGAUCCGAUCAGUUUUGACUCGCAUAUAAUUACUCGUUGGCAAUUGCCAACAGGCAUUUCCUCUUUUCUAAUAAGCAGAAUUUAAGAUCAUUGCACUUACAACGCGAUGAGCCGAGGCACUUUCAUCCAACAGAGACAUUCGCUCAAAUAUCUCAAGGAUAUUUCAUCGAAAUUACCAGAGACAAGAAACUCCGUAAGAAACUUCAGUACAGUGUAGAGAGAGAAGUGCUCAGGUGGCCUCUAAAGCACCCCGAUACACUUUCGUUCCUGGCCAAGCAGGGCGAUAUCACCGCGAAACCGGAGUUCGGAUCAUGCUAAAGACAUUCGCGCGCGAGUGCUACUCGGGACAACGUUGCGCGCAUAGACGCGUUCGGUUUCGAUCUUUUCCUCACUUCUGAGACGGAUCAUCUAAAGUAGAGAGGCUUCUUAUUGUGCUUGCGGGGACUCGUUGUCGAAUAGCUCUCAUACAAUGUUAACCACGCUUUUACAUAAUCGCACGAUAUUUCGCCUUAAACGAUGAGGCAACGAUCGGCUAAACACAGCUUUAUCUAAACGCGAAAGGUCAGAGGUCGACCAGAGAUCAAGCAAGACACAAAGUAAUUCGUCAUUCGGAGGAUUCGACCCAAUCACCAUGUCGUGGGUACCACCGAAUUUAGCGGAACUUUGCGUGCCGCACUCGACGAUCUCGACGUGUCAACCUUCGACGUAUCUGUUUUUGACUUUUAUAGCACGGCUCUUUGGAUAUUCGACGGAUCACAACUACCCCGUAUUAGAGAGUUUUCAGAGUUACCACUACGCGUCCUCCGCGAAUUGGAACGCAUUCGCGAUGUCGCCAACAGCCAGAUACAAUCCGGAAGACUUGAAGUGGAAUUUGCAGAACGAACAUGCCUUGAUGCUCUUGCCACUGCAGUCGCCUCUCAAAAUCGUCUACAACUCGCGCAUUUACGUCCCUACAUCCUGGAAGAGCCAAACGGGGAAUCAGCCCCGUAAGAACUCCAUCUCGGUGAAAUUUCACGAGCCAAGACUGAGAUUUACCGAUUUUCGUGCUUCAUUUGAUGCAAGAGAUCGGCACGUGACAUCCCCGAGCGAGAUGUUUUACAAUCUGAGAAUAGGCGAUCCAGGCAUUCGAGAUCCGGAAUUUUUUGAGAGAGCCAUUGGAGUCGACCCUAAUUAUAGCGUGAUGAACUUUCCGCAACCCAUUGGAUUUUGGCCAGAGCAGUACGACUUUAUCAUCGUCGGAGCGGGCUCGGCUGGCUGCGUUUUGGCAAACAGGUUGAGCGAAAUCAAAGGAUGGCGAGUGCGUAAUACAAGCUUACUUCGUUUAAACGAAUGUCGUUUCAAUCUUACGCAUUUUUUUCAGGUGCUUCUGUUAGAAGCCGGAAUAGAGGAGCCAUUAGUAGCGGAUGUCCCGGCAUUCGCUUCCAUAUUGCAAGCGAGUAACAUCGAUUGGAUGUAUCGUACGCAGCCGGAAGAGCAUUCGUGUCGAUCCCGGAGAGGAGGUGGAUGUCCUUGGGCUAGGGGUAAGGUAAUGGGCGGAUCAAGUUCAAUUAAUUUUAUGAUAUAUAUACGAGGCAACCCGAAGGAUUAUGACGAGUGGGCCGAGCGUGGAAAUUAUGGAUGGAGUUUCAAAGAAGUGUUACCAUACUUUCUCAAGUCCGAGAAUAACGAGGACCCGGAGAUCGUAAAGGAGAAUCCGCAUUAUCACAGCCAAGGCGGCUAUCAGAACGUCGAGAGGUUUCCCUAUACAGAUACGAAUACUGAGAUACUGAUAAACGCAUGGAAAGAGCUAGGAUUCGAUCUGGUGGACGCGAACGCGGAGAAGCAGAUAGGAGUUCAACGUCACCAGAUGACGUCCAUUCACGGAACGCGGCAAAGUACGAACGGUGCAUUUAUCAGGCCUAUCAGGCACAAGCGACGAAACUUGGUGAUCAAGACGCGCGCUCACGUGACCAAAAUCCAAAUUGAUCCAAGGACGAAGCGAGCGAUCGGGGUGGAAUAUCUGUCGAGCGCCACCGGCUACGUGAAGGUCGCUCUUGCGCGGAAGGAAGUGAUCCUGUCGGCCGGCACGAUCAACUCGGUGAAGAUCUUGAUGUUGUCGGGCGUGGGUCCCGCGGAGGAGCUGACGAAACACGGGAUACACGUGUUGCAGGACUCUGCUGUGGGCCGAAAUCUUCAAGACCACGUCACCAUGGAUGGUCUCGUGAUUGCGGUCAGCAACGUCACAGCCACGGCCGAGGACGACGCAAUGAAGAUGAAGGACGUUUAUUACUUCAAGAAGAGUCACAAAGGUCCCUUAGCCGCGACCGGGCCCUUAACUUGCGGCGUGUUCGCGCGAACUUCCUACGUACAUCAUCAUGGCCUGCCCGACUUACAGUUCGCCUUUGACGCCAGCAACCAGAUGGACUACCUGCAUCAACCCGCGGACUUUGCCGAGACCGCGGUGGAACCGCUGUCUUAUUACGACGCUAUCAACAUCAGACCGAUCCUGCUGACACCCAGGAGUCGCGGAUUCAUUCUCCUCAACGACAGCGAUCCGCUUUGGGGCCCACCGCUGAUUUAUCCGAGAAGCUUCACGGAGUAUCCCGACCUGGACGUUAUAGUAGAGGGUAUAAGGAUAGCCCAGGCACUGUUCGAGACGAGAGCUUUUCGCGAACACGAUCUGCGACUCAUCGACGCGCCGUUACCGGCUUGUCGACACUAUCGGUUCGAUACGGACGAGUACUGGAGAUGCGUCGCGAUGGAGUACACCAGCACCAUCUACCAUCCCGUGGGAACCUGCAGAAUGGGCCCGGAGAACGAUCCCGAGGCCGUGGUGGACCCGCGUCUCAAGGUACGCGGUAUUCAAGGCCUGCGCGUCGUGGACGCUUCCGUGAUGCCGACGAUCGUUCGCGGAAAUACGAAUGCACCGACAAUUAUGAUCGCGGAGAAAGCCGCCGACAUGAUUAAGGAAGAGUGGCUGUGACGCGUCGGCCUUUAUCGUUCUGUCGUCCUGUAAAUAAUAUUUACACUGACAAGUGUGCGAUGCGUGCAUAUGAAAACACGAAACCGUGUCGUCUAUUAAUGCAGAAGCCGCAAACGGCGCCAUUAGUACGAAAAGUGGCGGGUGUGCGUGAUUACUAUAAUAACAAGGACUAUCAGCUACAAAGUAGCACGCGAUAGAUCAAGAUAAUUGGCUGCUGUCAUUCGUUUCUCUUUCGAUCCUUUCGCUUACCGAGCGAUAAAUAAUAUUAUUUAUAUCAAUGAUACGAAUUACACUUUAAAAAAUUUGUAAAUUACAUGUGUAAUACAAU